AUGAAGAGAAACUGUGAUCAUUGUCUAUCUCUUAUUUCAACCUUUGCUAACCAAAUUCGAUCAAUUCGAGGGAUUGUAUUAGAAAAUGGAACAAUGAGUGAUGCUCAACCUCAUAUAGAUCUUAUAAAUCAGUCAUCUGUUGAUCUACAAAAAACUAUUAGCCAAAUUGAUUGUUCUUUUUCUACUGAUGAUAUUUUAGAAAUAUAUGACACUAUUGUAGCUACAGCGGAUGACUUUUAUCAUUCAUUAGAAGAAUUAAUACAAGUAGCAACAUUAUCACUUACUGGUAAGGAUAGUCAAGCUAAAUUACAAUUUAGUGAAUUAAUUAGAAAUGUAACUAAAUUCUUAUAUGGGCUGAGAGAAGGAUUAGGGCAACUACUUCAAAAAAUACCUGAAAUGAGAAUGGCAGUAUUAAAACCAAAAUUACGAGGAGAUUUUUCUUCUAUUAUAGAGUUAUUAGGUAAUAUUAAUCUUCAUCUUAUUAAUAAAGAUUAUUCUUCAAUUAAUCAAGAUAUUCUUCGUUGUAAAGAAAAAUUACUUUCAUUAUGUUCAUUUGCUGUUGAAGAAGGUGCAUCAGGUGAAGAUAAAAAAGUAGUUAUUUUAUGUUUUAAGGAAUUUGUUGGUGCAUUAUUGGAAUUGAAAAAUAAUGAAAGUCCAACUCAAAGUGAUACUAAAAAAGUAAUUUCAUUUAUGGAACUAUUUAAAAGAGCUAUUCGUAGUAUGGCAAUGGGACAUGUUGUUACUCUAAAAUCAUUUGAUUCAAAUAAACAAAAAGAAGAAGAACUUCAAAAAAAGAGAGAUGCUAUGGCUCAAGAGGAUAUAAAAAGAAUAAGAGAAGCAGAAAUUAAUAAAAAAAGAAGAGAAGAAGAAUCAAAAAUACUUCAACAAGAAAUUGAAGAAACUAAAAGAAAAGGUGAAGAAGGAAAGAAAGAAAUAAAAGAGCAACAACGUCUUUUACAAGAACAAAUGAAACAAAGAGAAAUUAGAGAAGAAGAACUUAAAGAUAAAGAAAAAGAGUUAUCAAAGAAAAUACAAAAAUAUAGUCAAGAAUUAGAUAAAAUAACUACGAAAUAUAUUAUUGAAAAAGAAGAGUAUGAAAAAAUGGUUAUUCAAGAAAAACAAAUCCAACAAACUUCUUUAAAAGCUCAAGAAAAUAAAGAAAAUUUUGAUGAUUUAGAACGUAAAAAACAACAAAUGUUAUUAGAAAAAGAACAAUUAAAAACAAAAUUACAAAGACUAAGAGGUAGUAAAAUAACUGUUAAAAAAUUAUCUUAUGAAGUUAAAGGAGAUUUAGCUAAAACUGCUAAAAGACAAAGAAUUAUUUCUAAAGAAUAUCCAUCUAAACAAUUAUCAGCUGUAGAAAUGAGAAAACAAUUAGAAAUUGAUAAAACUGCAAGAGAAUUAGUACAAAUGUCAGAUGAAAAUCAACCAACAGUUAUAGAAAUUGCUCAAAAAUUACAAUCAUUAUCUGAAACAUUAGAUUUAGAUAAUAUUGAAGAAAGUACAGAUGUUUAUCAAAUUUUAAAACAAACAGAUUUUA